GAAAAAUUGACAAUUGCAAAUGAUAUAGCACAAGGAUUAAAAUAUUUACAUGAUAUAGGAAUCCUUCAUAAAAGACUUAAAAUAAAAAUAUCAAACCCGGCAUUUCUAGAACUAAACAUUGAAGUUUCAUCAUCAGUAUCGUUACAAAGAGAUAUAGUGUUUUUGGAUCCGGAGGUCAUAAAAAAUAGGUACUCGGAACUUACUUCAGCAUCAGACAUUUACAGCCUAGGCAUUAUCAUGUGGUCAAUAUCUAGUAGAAAAUUUCCAUUUGAAGGCAUCACUGAUCAAAAAACAUUGGUGGACCAAAUUGUGGUGAAAAAUAUGCGCGAACAACCCGACAAUAACAUUUCACCUACAUAUAGCGAUUUGUAUCAAAGAUGCUGGUAUUUUGAUCGAAGCAAACGACCUACUAUGGAUAUCGUGUGUAAACAGCUAGAAGUUAUGUUACAAGAGGAACAAAAUCCAGAUUCAAUAUUAGAUGCUCCUGAGAUUUCUCAACGAAAUAUUGAAGCCUCUGAAAUUUCUCAACGAAAUAUUGAAGCCUCUGAAAUUUCUCAACAUAACAAUAACGAUCCUGAAAUUCCAGGUGAUUCUAUACCUUACAACGGGAAGUCCUCUGGAAAAACAUCUUUCAGAAAUAGGUUCAGAACAAAAUCUACUAGAAAAUCAAAGAAGUGCUCUGGAAAAACGUUCUUCAGAAAUAUGUUUAGAAUAAAAUCUACUAGAAAAUCAAAGGAGAAGUCUCCUGAAAAAUUAACUGAGAC